GGCUCACGAGGAAACUUCCUUAUUAUUGUGACGCCGAAAACGGAGAAACCCCUUCCCGGGCCAGAGGAGCUGUGACUGGUGGAAUCCCCGGGCUGCUGUCCGGCUGCUGCGGAGAGCUGCAUGGUGAGCUGGGAUAGGUCUGGCUGCUCCUUCAGAGUCCUGUGUGUGAUUGGUGGCUACAUGACUGUCUGAAGGAGAAGAACAAUGUUAUGCUGGGGGUAUUGGUCUCUGGGCCAGCCAGGAAUCAGCACCAACCUGCAAGGAAUUGUGGCCGAGCCACAGGUGUGCGGAUUCAUAGCUGACAGAAGUGUCAAGGAAGUGGCUUGUGGAGGAAACCACUCCGUGUUCCUGCUGGAGGAUGGCGAGGUUUACACGUGCGGCUUGAACACCAAGGGACAGCUGGGCCAUGAGAGGGAAGGGAACAAGCCAGAACAAAUUGGAGCUUUAGCAGAUCAGCACAUUGUGCAUGUGGCAUGUGGCGAGUCCCACAGCUUGGCCCUCAGUGACCGCGGCCAGCUGUUUUCUUGGGGUGCAGGGAGCGAUGGGCAGCUGGGACUCAUGACGACUGAGGAUUCUGUGGCAGUGCCAAGGUUAAUACAGAAGCUGAACCAACAGACCAUAUUACAAGUUUCCUGUGGCAACUGGCAUUGCUUGGCUCUUGCAGCUGAUGGCCAGUUUUUCACAUGGGGAAAGAAUAGCCAUGGACAGCUGGGCUUAGGAAAGGAGUUCCCCUCCCAGACCAGCCCGCAGAGGGUGAGGUCCUUGGAGGGCAUCCCGCUGGCUCAAGUGGCUGCAGGAGGGGCUCACAGCUUUGCCCUGUCUCUCUCAGGAGCCGUUUUUGGCUGGGGGAUGAAUAAUGCAGGGCAGCUGGGGCUCAGUGAUGAAAAAGAUCGAGAGUCUCCAUGCCAUGUGAAACUCUUACGCACGCAGAAAGUGGUCUAUAUUAGUUGUGGAGAAGAACACACGGCAGUGCUCACAAAGAGUGGAGGUGUGUUUACCUUUGGCGCUGGUUCCUGUGGGCAGCUUGGACAUGACUCCAUGAAUGAUGAGGUUAAUCCAAGAAGAGUUCUAGAACUUAUGGGCAGUGAAGUAACUCAGAUUGCUUGUGGCAGGCAGCACACUCUCGCCUUUGUGCCUUCUUCUGGACUCAUCUAUGCAUUUGGUUGUGGAUCUCGAGGUCAGCUGGGAACUGGACACACUUGUAACGUUAAAUGCCCAUCUCCCGUGAAGGGUUACUGGGCUGCCCACAGUGGCCAACUGUCAGCCCGAGCAGAUCGCUUUAAAUAUCAUAUUGUUAAGCAGAUCUUCUCUGGAGGAGACCAGACUUUUGUUCUUUGCUCCAAGUAUGAGAAUUCUUCUCCUGCUGUUGACUUCCGGACUGUGAACCAAGCGCAUUAUACCAGUUUAAUAAACGAUGAAACCUUAGCAAUUUGGAGACAGAAGCUGUCAGAACACAACAAUGCAAAUACUAUCAAUGGUGUUGUUCAGAUAUUAUCUUCUGCAGCCUGUUGGAAUGGAAGUUUUCUGGAAAAAAAAAUUGAUGAACAUUUUAAAACAAGUCCCAAAGUCCCUGGGAUUGACCUGAACUCAACCAGGGUGUUAUUUGAGAAGUUAAUGAACUCUCAGCACUCCAUGAUCCUUGAACAGAUCUUGAAUAGCUUUGAAAGUUGUCUGAUUCCACAGUUGUCCAGUUCGCCUCCAGAUGUUGAAGCAAUGCGAAUCUAUUUAAUACUGCCUGAGUUUCCUCUGCUCCAGGACUCUAAGUAUUAUAUAACCUUGACUAUCCCCUUGGCAAUGGCUAUUCUCCGGCUGGACACCAACCCCAGCAAAGUUUUAGAUAACUGGUGGUCUCAAGUGUGCCCAAAAUACUUCACGAAGCUGGUUAACCUCUAUAAAGGUGCAGUCCUGUAUCUGCUCAGGGGAAGAAAGACGUUCUUAAUUCCGGUACUGUUUAACAAUUACGUUACUGCAGCUCUCAAGCUGCUGGAGAAGUUAUAUAAGGUGAAUCUUAAAGUGAAACAUGUGGAAUAUGAUACCUUUUACAUUCCUGAGAUUUCCAGCCUUGUGGACAUUCAGGAAGACUACCUCAUGUGGUUCUUGCAUCAAGCAGGGAUGAAGGCCAGACCAUCUAUAAUCCAGGAUGCUGUGACACUUUGUUCCUACCCUUUCAUCUUUGACGCCCAAGCCAAGACCAAAAUGUUACAGACUGAUGCUGAGCUACAAAUGCAGGUGGCGGUCAACGGGGCCAACCUGCAGAAUGUCUUCAUGCUGCUCACCCUGGAGCCUCUGCUGGCCAGAAGCCCCUUCCUGGUCCUUCACGUUCGCAGGAACAACCUUGUGGGAGAUGCCUUACGGGAACUGAGCAUCCAUUCUGACAUCGAUCUGAAGAAACCUCUCAAAGUGAUCUUUGAUGGUGAAGAGGCAGUGGAUGCAGGUGGUGUCACAAAGGAGUUCUUUCUGCUGUUGUUGAAAGAACUUUUGAAUCCCAUCUAUGGCAUGUUUACCUACUAUCAGGAUUCCAAUCUCUUGUGGUUUUCAGACACGUGUUUUGUAGAACACAACUGGUUUCACUUGAUUGGCAUAACCUGUGGACUCGCUAUCUACAAUUCCACUGUGGUUGACCUCCACUUUCCACUGGCCCUCUAUAAGAAGUUGCUGAACGUGCAGCCUGGUUUGGAAGACCUAAAGGAGCUGUCGCCCACCGAAGGAAGGAGUCUUCAAGAACUUUUAGAUUACCCCGGGGAAGAUGUUGAGGAGGCUUUCUGCCUCAACUUCACGAUCUGCCGAGAAAGCUAUGGGGUGAUUGAACAGAAGAAGUUGAUACCCGGUGGAGACAAGGUGACUGUGUGCAAGGAGAACAGGCAGGAAUUUGUGGAUGCCUAUGUGAAUUAUGUCUUCCAAAUCUCCAUCCAUGAGUGGUACACGGCCUUCUCUAGUGGCUUCCUGAAGGUGUGUGGUGGCAAAGUGCUUGAGCUCUUCCAGCCUUCCGAACUGAGGGCCAUGAUGGUGGGGAACAGCAACUACAACUGGGAGGAACUGGAAGCGACUGCCAUCUACAAAGGUGAAUUCUCAGCCGCACAUCCUACUGUGAAACUAUUUUGGGAAGCUUUCCAUGAGUUUCCAUUGGAAAAGAAGAAGAAGUUUCUCUUGUUCCUGACGGGCAGUGAUCGGAUUCCCAUCUAUGGCAUGGCCAGCCUGCAGAUCAUCAUCCAGUCCACAGCCAGUGGGGAAGACUACUUGCCUGUGGCCCACACGUGCUACAACCUGCUCGACCUCCCCAAGUACAGCAGCAAAGAGAUCCUGAGCGCGCGGCUGACGCAAGCCCUGGAAAACUACGAGGGGUUUAGUUUGGCCUGAGCCUCGCUGGCUUGUAGUGGACACCCCUUCCUCCCUCGGUGGCUUCAUUGAGGUCUAUACAGAAAAUCACGGGGGAGUGAUUUCUAUUUUUUUAUUGUCUAAGUCGGCUGGGGCUUGGGACUCUUGAACCUGUUGGAUGUGUUUGUGGGUAGCAAACAACCUUCUGGAGAAAUCAGGGGUUGGGAAUGUGGUGAAAAAAUUGCCUCUUGUAUGGGAAGCGUUUCUGUUAUUUUUGUUUUAAACCCGGUUACCCAGUAUCCCUUGCACUUGUGAAAACAUUGCUGUCUCUUGGAUAAAAUGCCCAUGGGUUUUUAGCCUUCCGUUUCCCGGGUGUGUCUGUCAGCCGUGACAUGCCCCCCCAGGCCGCCGCCUCCUCUCUCCGUUCCUGUCUGAGAAUGCCUUUAACUGGUCCGUCUUCCCCGUGCACGGUGCACGCGGGACAACUCCUUUCUCUGCAGCCUUCAGAACACCUUGGCCUGUUGCCACCUGCCUUGCCCCCAAGGAGGAAAGGUCCACUUCACCUACUUCCAAACCACCUCUGGUGGAGCUCGAGAAUCCACAGGGGGCUCUCAUGAACACAUAGAAGGAUCUGAAGGGAACAGCAGCCUUCCCCAGGCCCGGCCCAUUCCCCUGACCCGCAGCGGGGCCAGCGGUGUUGGCCUCGUCCCUGGGACUCUGUGCUGAAAUGAUAAGUCCCUCCCCCACUCCAUCCCCCGGUCUGUGAGCUCGCUUUGGAAGCAAGUUGGGUUCGUUCGUAAGAGUACCUGUAUUGUGCAAGACAAAGAGAAAUAAUACAUUUCUAGUCGCUGAAUCAUAUUGUGACUCUCCCAUGUACUUUUUCCUUUUUUUUUUCUCUGUCUUCCUUCUUCACUCACCUUCUCUGUUUCCUUCACUUCUUCCCUUUCCUUGUUACUUGAUGUUCCAUCCUCACCUUUCCUCCUCGUGGAUGCAUGCAAGCUUGUUUUUUUAUUAUUAUUUAAAUUGCAAAAUUUCUACUCAGAUUGGGUUUUUCCCCCCCUAAAUGCUAAGAUGUUAUUUUUGAUGGGAUUUUUGUUUAGCACAUUUGAGCUAUUUUGUUUACAGUAGAAUUGGGGGGCGUUGUGUUUCAAUUAAACAUAUGUAUCUCAAAAAACAAUCAUGUGCUUAAUGUUCCUCAUCCUGGGGUAAGAAAAUUCUAGAUGAUCUAAGAAUUCAUAUAAGCCUAGUUUUAAAUUGCUAGUACCUAGAGGAAAGACAUAUUUAUGUAAAAUGGAGUAUUUAUGAACCAUGACACAGCAUCAGAUCUCAACAAAGGAUUGUAGAUUUGCUUUUUCUUUUUUAAAAAGACCUAUUCCAAUUGCUACGUUGGUAGUUUUUCAGUCUUUAUAAAUAUAAGAUUAAAAAUAAAUAUACAGUUCUAUGAGAUGUUUAUUUUCUAUGUGUGUGCAUAUAGUUCAAUAUCAUGCAAUAAAUUCGGUGUUUCAACUUAAA